AUGGUCCAAGGUACAGCGGCAGGGAAGGUUGUCAACCCUCUCGCUCACCUCUCGAAACAGCAGCUUCUGGAGCAAGCCGACAGUUUCUGCAACGAAAAAGGCCUCGAAGAGCACCGAAACCUGAUCCAACGCGGAGCCCUCGUGGCGCAGAAUCCUGCUUCGUACCGCCUUUUGGAAGAGCUGAGCGAGGAGGAGAAGGACGCGAUCACUUAUGAGCUGACGCACAAGUGGAGUCACCCUUGGCCGCUGUACUUUACGAUUGUCACUUGCUCGAUUGGCGCUGCUGUCCAGGGUUGGGACCAGACCGGCUCCAAUGGCGCAAAUCUGUCCUUCCCUGCCGAGUUUGGCAUUGGUGGUGAAGAGGAGAGAGAUGGCUGGAUCGUCGGCGUUGUCAAUGCAGCUCCCUACCUCGCUAGCGCCUUUGUUGGUUGCUGGCUCUCAGACCCUCUCAACAACCUAUUCGGUCGUCGUGGCUGCAUCUUCCUGACUGCCCUCUGUCUCAUCGCCACUCCCAUUGCGUCUGGUGUCUCACGAGAUUGGCAGGGCUUGCUGGUCAGUCGACUGGUCAUGGGCCUAGGAAUGGGAGCAAAGGGAGCUACCGUCCCCAUUUUUGCUGCCGAAAACUCUCCAGCAGCGAUCCGCGGCGCUCUAGUCAUGUCCUGGCAGCUCUGGACAGCCUUUGGCAUCUUCCUCGGUUUCGCCGCAAAUGUCAUCGUUGCUGGUGCUGGAGCCAUCACUUGGCGUCUGCAGCUGGCAUCGGCCUUUAUACCUGCUUUGCCCCUGGCAGCAAUGAUUUACUUUUGCCCAGAAUCACCACGAUGGCUCAUCAAGAAGAAUCGUUACCCUCAGGCUUUCCGAUCCUUGUGUCGUCUGCGUCAUAACAAGAUUCAGGCGGCUCGAGACUUGUACUACAUCCAUGCUAUGAUCGUCGAGGAGGCCAAGAUUAUCAAGGGAGAAACGUUCAUCAAGCGGGCCAUUGAGCUGUUUACCAUUCCGCGGGUGAGGAGGGCGACUGUCGCCUCGGGCGUCGUCAUGCUUGGACAGCAGAUGUGCGGCAUCAACAUCAUUGCCUUCUACUCCUCCACCAUCUUCGUCGAGUCUGGCUUCACUGAACGCCAAGCCAUCUACUCAUCUCUGGGCUUCGGUGCUAUCAACUUCGCCUUUGCUUUUCCGGCCGUCGGGACAAUCGACACAUUCGGUCGUCGUGCGUUGCUCCUGUCCACUUUUCCCAACAUGUGCUGGUGCUUAAUCGUUGCCGGCUGCGGUACCUUGCUACCAACUGGAUCGACUGCCCAGCUGGGCAUCGUCGCGACGUUUGUCUACCUCUUUGCAGCAUUCUAUUCAACGGGAGAAGGACCUGUACCUUUUGCCUACUCGGCCGAGUGCUUUCCCUUGGCACAUCGAGAAAUCGGUAUGGCCUGGGCCGUCGCCACGUGUCUCUUCUGGGCAGCGGUCCUCUCCAUUACUCUUCCUCCGAUGCUGUUGGCUUUCACCUCACUGGGCGUUUUUAUGUUCUACGCUGGACUGAAUGCAUUGGCGUUCUGUCUCAUAUACCUCUUCUUACCAGAGACGAAACAGGCCACCCUCGAGGAACUAGACGCAGUCUUCAGCAUCAGCCACGCCAGGUUCAUCAGGUACAAUCUGACCCAAGUCACUCCUUCGUGGUUCAGGCGAAAUGUCCUCUGGCAGAGAAAGUACCCUCGACCUCCCCCACUCGUUGAGAUGGACGAACAUGUGGGCGGCGCCGCUGCCGAUUGGGCCAAGAAGGGUGCGGCUUGA